UAGUUAGCCAUUGCUAAACUUUGAUUUACAUUGAUCGAUGACUCACGUGUUAAUUUGUUAUACAAUCAGUUGUUGUCUUUAUAUACGAUUGUUUGCCAUCAGAGGGAGAGUUCACCUCAUCAUGGCUAGGAUUGCUCUAGGUCUUCUACUUUUAGGUGCGGUGGCAGUGCUGGGAGCAGAACUUCCCAGUGGGAAAGUGCUCUACCAUAAUCCCAACUCUCCUCCCGGAGCUAACAACCUGGGAAUGUACAAGGGAAAAGGUACCACGGUCAAGAAACAUCCAUAUAUUGUGGCUGUGACUUACUACGACAGUUUCAACUGUGCAGGUAACAUCAUAGGUACCAGCUGGGUGUUCCUGUCUGGAGAUUGUACAUACGGAUAUGACCCAUCGUCAGUAAAUGUGAUCGCGGGCACGAAUGAUGGAAGCUCUGGCAAGAAAUACGACGUAAAGCAGCUCCUGGCACACCCCAACUAUCCCGAUGCAUUCCUGGACUACGACUACGGACUGAUCCAGGUCUCUGGAAAGUUCAAGUGGUCCAGCACUAUCAAGCCGGUCUCACUACCUAAGCAAGCGCCAAAGGCUGGGUCCAAAGUCAUCAUCACAGGAUGGGGCGCCACAGGUUCAAACACUCAACUGCAGCAAGGUACGAUGAAAGUGAUCAGUAACAAGCAGUGUGCUAAGAUCUACGCUGACUUUGGCAUCACAUUCACUGACAGGAUGGGUUGCGUUUACAACAAGGGCAAAACAACUCCAUGUGAUGGCGACUGGAGCGACCCUAUCACCAAGGGCAAGACUCUGUAUCACGUGUUCACUGCCAUCGCCACAAGUGGAGAAUGUAGCAGCGAAGCCUACCCAGCCAUCUGCGCCAGCGUCUAUCCUGCUCUCUCUUGGAUCAAGAAUGUUACUGGCAUAGAAUAAGCUAUUCUAUCGUAUUCAACUUUAUUGUAAAAUAAAAUUUUCUCAAAUAUG